GCCGCUUUUGUCGUCUCGUUCGUCGGCCGACGGAAUUGGGAUCGAUGGACGGUCCGAACGACUCGCCGCAGCCACAGGACUCACAGCAGCAUGGCUCAGCGCUACAUGCAGCUCCAAUUGAGGCGCACCAACAUGAUACUCCAGAGGUUGCCCUUUCUCGUCGUUCGCCCCCUCCAACUGUGCAACCAACCAACGUGCCGAUUGCGACAACGUCCCAGUUUCUGAGCCACACGAACACCCCACCGCUAUCGAAUCCGUCCAUACAAGCGCCAUCACAUCCCACAGUAUCGGCUGCAUCGCUCUACCAACCGCCGCAAGUCCAACAGCCCAAUGGAGGCCAGGUUGCCCGAGCACCGAUAUCCACUGGAAAUGCGCCAUCGUCUCAAAUGCUCACAGUGCAUGUGCCGACGAAUUCUCAAGGGCAACAAAGUAGUGCAUACACCGUCGCUCCAAAUUCGAUCAAGGUCGAGAAGCAGCAGCCUGCCAAAUCCCGACCGCAGAAGAAAGCGCCAAGUACAUCUGCCAUAACAUUCAAUGGGUCGUUCGAAGAUGAAUGCAAGUCCAUGCUGCUCAAGCUUCUCUUUGCGUUCCACGAAGCAAACUCGGCAGAGCAAGUGCUCGUGGCAUUGAGCUCGCUGUUCACGUGGAUCAAAUCCCAAACGUACAACCCGUUGACGCCCGCGGCGGCUGACACAACGCGGACUUCAACUCUGAUUUCACUGCCUCUUCUCCGUCACGCCAAGAACGAGUUCGUUCAAUGCGCUCAAAUCAAGCAACGCCGCCAGCCGUUGGUGUGGUCGCCCAGUGUCGCCCAGGCAUAUGCGUCGAUCCUGCAGCACAUGCUUCAAUCCAUCUCACAUCACACAACGCUUCUUCAGCAAGCCCAGGCCCAACCGCAGCCCCUCGCAACGGGAGCAACUGCCACGUACCACCGACCCCCAUCUCCCGCCCUAUCCCAAAGCAAACACGCGCCACUGCCAUCCCCGAACAAGCCGCCGCUGGAAGGGCUCCCCCAACAACUCCAACAGCGCAUGCACAUGAACUUGUCGCAGGCCCACGCGCAGUUCUCUCGCCAACAGAUGCAGCAACAAAAGCCUCCUGUCGUGAAGCCGCGGAAACGGGAGCCCAAGCUCCAGACCCCGAAACCAUCGGUGCACCAUGCUCUUCCGACGCCGUCGCCACGACUGUCGCCACUGCCGACUUCGGCCAACGAGUACUAUGUCGACAUGACUCUCCGCACGGCGCAGUCUGGCGGCGACGACGACCAGCUGUACGUGCCUCAACGCAACAUCACCAAAGUCAUGCGCGCGGUGCUGCCGCAAGAGACGAAAGUCAAGAUUGCCGACGACGCCAAAGAGUUGAUCCAGGAGUGCGUGACCGAGUUUAUGCUGUACUUGACGAGCGAGACAAGGGACCAGGCUGCCCUGCACAAGCGCAACAAGAUCGCUCUGACUGGGCAGGAUGCGAUCAAGGCCAUGUACAAUCUCGGAUUCACCACGUAUGGGGAUGUCCUUGCGAUUUACAACGAAAAGAUCCUCGCUGUGCAAAAGGAAGCGAGUCGCACCAAGACCGAACGCCGACUAGCGAAACAAAAACGGGCGCUGCCUGGACUACCGCUCGAUGCACCAUCGAUCCCUGCCACCCCAACAAGCACAGAUGCUCCAGUGCCAACUCUCUCACCAGAAGUUCCAGACCCCGCACCACCCGUGCAGUGCCCCGUUGCGCAGCCCAUACCCCCCCCUUGCCCACCCGAAGAGCGUCCUUUGCAGUCCACACCGUCCCCUUCUCCACUCGAGGAGCGCACUUCGGAUAUUGCGAUGGAAUAAAAUGCGAAUCGUGCACCCAAAAGCGCUUCUUGCACGGUCAAGCGUAUGUCCAUUGCCGAGCGUGUCGCACGUAGCGAAUGCCACCACUUUUGCAGAGCGCUGUGGCACCAGCACACAGCAACACCACGAAUCGAGCCCACCACUACGAUACACCAAAUUAGUCGUUGCCGAGACGAGUUGUCCUCUUGAGUAAGCGGAUUUUCGCAAUAUCCAUGGCAUGC